UAUUCAUUUCAUUUUGUUUCCUUAGCCUACAGGAAACCAAGUUUCAAAGUAUCUGACUUCUACAGAAAUAAGGAUGUUUAUGGUCCUGGUCACGUUUAAAAAAAACAAACAAAAAAAAAAAACCUAAGGGCAAAGUUUGCUCAGGUGCAGUAACCUUCAGGUCCUUCACCUUUUUUGCCACUGCAGUGGUUCAUUAUAGUCAUUUGUCCGUUUUUGGACAGAUCUUCGAAUAGGCUCAUAAGUUAAUGAGAAGGAUUGAAGGAUGUGGUCAAGACACUUUCAUCUGUUGCCUUGGUUGGCUUAAUUUCCUUCAGCUAAAAGAGCCUGUUUGAUCAAUGUCUCCAAUGAUUUCUGAACAAGGGGGCAAAAAACAUGGGGAGGAACAGAGUCCAGUGAGAGGUAACAGAGCAUGUAAGUUAAGAGGUCCUCUCUCAUUUUCCAUGUGUUUGGACUGGAGUAGAGUACACCCAAAAGAAGAAAAACAGUAAAGCACCUGCUCUUCUGCUAGGCUUUUGUUUAAGCCUGAAGCUUUAGCAUCAAGCCUUGUUAUUUCUAUCAUGUGGGACUUUAAAAUCUGCCUCUGGCCUUUUCUACUUUUGUUCCUGAUUGUUCUACUGUUGCGAUGGGAUAAAGUUGGUUAUUUUGUGAAGGAGGGAAUGAGGCUGGUGGCUUGGAAUAUAUGGAUCACAACUUGUUGGACACUGAAGCUUCCACGCUCUGUUCUUUUUAAUACUCCUGGAGACCAAGAGUCAGAAGUCAAGUUGUUCUGUAAACCUACAGCUUUGGCCAGCUAUAUAAAGCAGCACUGUCACACUUUAGCACACUCCCCAGUGGCUAGGUGGCCAAGGACAGAUCUCCAUCUGCAGAUUCUCUUUAACUUGAUGUGGCCCACAGAGGAAGAUGGUGGAGUGUACUUCACAAGGGAUAAUUUACUCUUACAGGAUGGAGGUAUUAUAGCUCUGGACUGGGCCGUUGGGCAAAUAGACCAGAAAGCUCAGGCUAAAAAGGAUCAUCCUCCAGGAGGAAGAGUCUUAGGCUGCCAUACCAGCAACCCACCCAUCAUCAUUCUGAUCCCCAAUGCUUUGGGGAAGAUCACACAACACUUUCUCAGCUUAUGCUGCUUAGCUCUGCAACAGGGUUUUUACCCUGUGGUCUUUCAUCGCCGUGGCCAUGGUAGCUGUCCACUUACUACUCCACGCUACCAGCAGUUUGGGGAUCCCUCCGACCUGGUGCAGGCAGUAGCAUAUUUACGAAAUCGCCAUCCAUCCUCUGUCCUGCUAGCCGUCAGUGAAGGCUCUGGCUCUGGCCUCCUGCUGUCUUACCUUGGGGAGUAUGGAUCAGCCUCUUGCUUGUUAGCAGCUGCUUGUAUUUCACCAGUGUUCCAUGGACAAACGUGGUUUGAGACUCCGCUCCCAUGGCUUUAUAAUGAGGCAGCCCUGCUCUACCACAAGCUGCAACUUAGCAGGUAUGCAACGGCUCUAAGCUCAGUUAUGGAUAUUGAGACAAUUCUCUGUUCCCGUUCACUUCAAGAUAUGGAGCGGCUCAUAUUUUGUUCAGCCAGGCAGCAAGAUAACUAUGAAAUGAACACACUAGACCAGGCCAGAGAGCCGAGAUCAAGAUCAUCCAUGAAGCCUGACUGGGCCAGUUAUUGGGAUCGUAAUGAACCUUUGCGAGAUGCAGAUGAAGUAGCUGUUCCUGUUCUCUGUUUAUGUAGUAGCGAUGACCCUCUCCUGCCUCCUUCUUCGACCCUGCCCUUGUCCCUCUUCCAAAAUAGUCCCUAUUUCUUUCUGGCCCUGACAACUCGGGGAAGCCACUGCGGCUUCAUGCAGGAGAAACAUGGAGGCACUGAGUGCUGGAGCCACGAAUCAGUGCUUGAAUACUUUCAGGCUGUGGGAAAUUUCUUCAAAGUGGAGGAGAGGAACUUUGUCGGACAGGGUGCUGUUCAAGGUCUCAGGCAAAGGACGUGUACAGUGUUGCCCAGAAAGAGGAGAGCAGUCAUGUUCAGGAGGGACAGGCCUGUCUUUGGUCCAAAAAGACAACACUCAGUUCAUUCAGGGCUGGUUCCAUUUGAAGAAGAGCAUGACACAUUCACUUGGAACAGAUCAUACACUCGCUGAGUGUGUAUCUAAAUUGAAGAAAGGCAGAUCAACAGAGCAACAAACCCUUCAAUACAUAGUUCUAGGAAAGAAAGAAAACUAGCACUUCAUCCUAUUUCAGGAGGCCUGUGCAUUAAUUCAAACAUUCGAAAACAAAUUGUUGGCUUUUUCCCCUCCGACAAAGAAAUUGUCAGGACCAUGAUGUACUAAAAUUACUUUAUUACAGUUCUUUAUCCAGUAGCCCUCUGCCAACAAAAGGAGUAAUUACAAACAAAACAUUUGUCCCCUAACGGUUUCAGAAUUUUUUGUUUACAUUUUAAUUCUUUUUUUUUUUCUUGUUAUGAAUAGCCAUACAUUUGAUGUAAUCUCUCCAACAUUCAGCUUUUCACAAUCUAUACAUUUUAAUACAGGUUAUAUAUGGAUUGUUAUGGUAAUGUU